GAGGUCGCCCCGAGAAGACUACGAUCAUCCCAGGAGUGUUCUGAACUUCUGGAAGGAGCUGGUUGGAAGGACUGGACAGCACUGCACGCAAACUGGAUCCAACUGAGUGUGUUUGGUAGAAGACUGAGUGCUCCAUCUUCGGGGUCAGCUCGUUUGCGGGCAUUCCAACGGAAACGAGCUGAGCAGACCAGGGCUGAAGGAGAACAGUUGGCUCGAGAGAAGCGAGAGCAACGCAUCAGGGACAAACACGACCAACAGAAACAGGCUCGGGAAGAACUGGCGUCGUACGAACCAUGGGGUCGAGCAGGAGGCGGUGCGCCCAACAUGCGCGGAGUUAGAUUUUCUAACAUAAGAGCCCUUGGUAUAUUUCCUGAAGACGAACUUAAGGGAAUCUCAGGGAACGAGGCUUAUCAGAGCUGGUCGUCUCCUCAACGAAGACGCCGCACCCCGCUGCGUCUCAGAGAAGAUCCGCAACUUUACUUCGCGGAUAUCCUGCGCCAAAGCGUUGACAACGAUAUAAGAUACAAGCAAACACCAAAGCAGCAACAGGCUUAUAAACAAAUAUUAGAUGAUUUAGUUGAACAAAGAAAAAAAGCUAUAAAAGAUGAUAUAAAAAAUAACCUGGAGUAUGAGCGAAAAAUGCAAAAAUUGGACGGUCCGUGGGGAAAACCAGGUCCUGGUGGAAAAAUUUGGAGGAACCCUCGCGAUAUUGGACUUAAUUUCACUAAAUCGAUGGGUUGGACAGAUAACGACCUGUUCAGUAAAAUUAAAGGUGAUCAUAGAAUCCGUAAAAGGACUUUAUUCACAUUACCAGAUUUACAGAAUGGAGACGAAUGUAAAGAUAUUAUUACAACAAAAAAAAAGGAAGAUAAAGACCUCGAUAAAUUACCAAAUAUAAAACCUAACAGAACAGAGUACUGCGCAAACUAUUGCGACAAAAAUGAGCACCAAAAUAAUGUUAAGUAUAAAAGUAAAAAUGCAACAUCGACACAAAGUAAAAAGCAAAAAUUUGUAAAAAGAUUAUCCAAUGGUGAACGACUGAUAAAGAAAUUUCCAGAAGAAAUCAAUUCUAAUGGAGAGAAUUUGGAUGAGAAGAAGUUAACGCCGGAGGCAACUAUAUUGCGUCUCACAGGCGGUGUGGAACUUGUUCCUCUGUUAGCUAGACGAAGGCGUGUAGGUGCCCGUACUCUCCCAUCGAGUGAUGUGACCCGACCUCCCGAGCAGUCGUGUCUAUGGCGAGAUAUGUUUAACGAUGAUUAUUUGAAAACACUUCAACAACAGAUCCGAGUAAAAUAUCAACAAAAAGAGGAGAAACGGGUGGACUCAGCUGAAAACAACCGUCGUCACCAGGAGACGUGGGCGUCUCUGUGGGGCAGGCCAGGCCACGGUGCGCCUCAACCACGAGGUAGAUACGCUCGCAGUAACUUGGCACAACUGCUGUAUGUUCCGAUCGCAAAUGAUAUUAAAACAUAG